AUGGCUGAUGACAAGGAUCACCCAUCAAACAAUCAGAACAGGGACUGGCCUCACGAGUCCAACCCGUUUGUCGCCUUCCGCCGCUAUGCCGAUGAACAGGUAUCCACUAUGCUUCAAUCCAUCACGGGUCUACCCUCAACUGUGACGCCACCUCACAACGACCGCUGGGAGAUAUUUGCAGACGACCACGGAUACGAAAGUAGAACAACCCACAAAAGAAUCGGUGACCACUCAGACAGAAACUAUCCAAAUGAUGGGAAUAACUGCAACAGAGACGAUCGCGGGAGAGACGAUCGCGACUAUAGAAACAACUCAAGAAGAUGGUACAAUUCAUCAUCUGACUUCUUCAAUCUCGAAUCACUUUUCUCUCCGCUCGCAUCAAACUUCUUCCAUCCACACAAUUUCUUCCUGGAUAUGUUCGACGACACAGAUUCGCCAACUUGGCCAAUCACCUACAUAAUGUUCAGCCCUUAUUCGCCCCUCAAUCUCGAACGACAAGCGAAAUUUCGAGCGAAUCGUGAGAAUGGCGUUUUCUCAUCCAUCAUUUCCUCUUUAUAUCUUGAUGCCGAGCGUGACUCGGAUGAACCACAGUGGCGGGAAGCCUUUGAGGACCUCCUUCGUCUUGAAAACGGCAAGCCGAUGCUUAAUCACGAAGCCGUCAAAUAUGAGUCUGGGAAGGAUUGGCUACAAGGGCUUGUGAAACGGGGCAGCUUGGGUGACCGGUGGAAGUAUGUUUCUGGCACAGAGGGGCAGCCUUGGUCGGGUAUCACUUUCGCUGGUCGUACACAGCAUGGGCAAGAUCAUUCUCGAUCCCUUUCUCUCCCUGAAAGCAAAGAGGAACAAAAAGCCGCCGAGACCGAGCUUGACUUGUACGAGCGCUUCUUGAACGAUAUUGAAAACCGAGAGCGCGGAUUUUCCCGCAGUAUCUCCGAAAGCCCACUUCUGCGUCUCCUUCUAGCAGAGCGGAAAGAACAGCAGGAAGAACUGGAGAAAUACAGACACGGAGUUCCCAAGGUCGAGGAUAAACACAGUGAUGACAACGAAACCCGUAUGGAAUUUGUGUCUGGCAACAACAAACCCUCUGUUCCCAAGACACUACAAGAGUCGAUGGAGACGAAGCGGGAGUCUCUCUCGGAACCAGUGCAAGCACAAGACCAAUGCCGUGUUGUUUCCACUAUGACACGGACAGAGCGCGUACGCUUGGCUGAUGGCUCUGUCCAAAGCACGAUCAUUAAUUCGAAGCGCUUUGCGGAUGGCCGAGAGGAGAAUGAUACUUCCGUUGAGGUGUCUCAUCCACAAUCCGAAGGCCCUGAAUCUGAAUCCGCCAAGUCGAAGAGUGGUUGGUUUUGGAAGGACUAA